CAUUAUACUACUAGUAUUUAUUAGCCUAUUUUUCAAUAUAUAUACGAACUUCCGAUCGUUAAAUUCUGAAUUUGCUGUGCUGUUAAUCUAGGAGGAAUGUCUGCGUACGAGAAUGUUGUAGGCGGGAAACUGAAGCUCAAGGGUAAGGCUCUGGAUGUGAAGGCUCCCGGAAUGAAGAAAAAGAAGAAGCAAAAGAAGCAGAUUGAACACAUCUCUCAGGCUGUGGAAAGUGAGGGUGCAGAGGCGUCGACUAAUUUGGAGGAGGAAGAGGGUAGUGAUGCUAACAAGAUCAUUGGAGAUGAGAGUAACACUGAUUGGGAUGGUAAUCUCACCCCAGCAGAGAGACGCUACAUGGAACAAAGAGAGAGAAUUUAUUCGCACAAGCUGGCUAAGACUUCCGAUAAAUCACACCGCGACCGAAUUGAGGAUUUCAAUCAGUAUCUUGCAAAUAUGAGUGAGCAUUAUGACAUUCCUAAAGUUGGCCCUGGCUAACCAGUUAAAUGAAUCAAGCCCCGUUGCAUGAUAACAUAUUCAGCUGAUGACCAUGCGACUAUGAUUCUAGUAUCGUAUCCAAUAUUGGUUUGUCCUGUUAUUUUUCAUUGCUGUAGUAGAGACCUUUUCCCCUACUUAUCGAUUAUGUUUUGUGCUCUAAAACCUUUUGUAAUACGCUCCGUUAUAUAGCUAUUCGAGAUUGAUGAAUACAGGGGUCUCCAUCCAUUACAUAGUAACUAGUAAUUUUCUUGAAGU